AGACUCGGACUCGGAGCUGCGGCGUCAGUCCUGCGCUGUACACCGCUGUCACCGUGUCCCCUCUAUGCGCCGGUCCCCCACUGUGCCCUCACACUGUCACAGUCCUUCACGCGGAGCAGCGCGCGCGGCGAAGAUGCACUGCACGCUCCUGUUGCUCGUGCUCACCUGCGGCAGCGGACGGCAUCUCCGAGGUGCCUCCGGCUCCGAGCUCCCGCCUCGCAUCGUCCAACUGGAGCCCGGACCUCAGCAGGAGCUGCUGGUGAAGUGGCACGCGGGCGGCCGCGGGUCGGCGAGCGCGAGCAGCAGCUCCUCCUCGAGCCCGCUCGCGUUCCGCGUCCAGGUCGCGCGCGGGACAAAGUCCAACGUUGUCAAUGAGAGCGAUGUCACUGUGAUACAUGACGGCGGACCGUGGAGCUGGACGUGGCGCUCCGAGUGGCCCCUCCAGUGCACGGACCACUGGGUGAGGGUCGCGUGGGUCCCUCGCCAUCCCGCCCAACCCAUGAUCUGGAGCGAAUGGAAGGAGAACCAGGGAGAAAAGGAACCAGAAAAGGAGGGAAAGUCCUGGCAGGAAAUCAUGAUGUUCCCAGCAAACACGGUUAUGAAGGAAGGCUCAAGCCAAGGCUUCUGCUGUAUCCCCCCAAGAGGGAGGAACAUCAUCAACAUUAGUUUCGACAACAUCCAUUAUCCACUUAUUGAGAUUGGUGAUGGUGUCCAAGGGACCAUGGUGCAAAACCUCAAUGCCACCUCAGAAGUCGGGGUUGUUUUUUGCUGUGAAGACUCCGCCAGCAAGAGGUUUCAAAUCAACUAUGUCUCCUUUCCCCCACAGAAACCAAGGAACUUCUCAUGUAAGACAGAAAACUUGAGGAAAGUGAACUGCACCUGGGAUCCAGGGAGACGCCCCAACUUGGCCUCUCACUACAAGCGCAGCUACAGUCUACAAAUACAGAACUCAUCGAUGGAGAAGAUCACCUGCCACUACACGUACUGCGAAUUUGAUACCAUUCCGGGCUGGAAAGAGUACACAAUCACAGUGACCGUGACGAACAGCCUAGGGAAGGAAAGUGAGAACUACAUCUUCAACAUCACAGAUAUUGUGUUCCCAACUCCCAUGCACCUGUCUGUGGUCCCAGGGGUACGCUCUGCGAAUGUGUCCUGGAUGCUCGAGGGGGACUUCUCUGGGAUGGACCUUGUUUGUCAAAUCAAAACCAGUCUGGAGGACAGCACCCCAGUGGAGUACCCAUUCCAAGGGUUGGUUGAUGAAAGGUACAAGAGCAGGGUGGAUGGACUGCAGCCCUACACGCAGUACAAUGUCUCUGUGAGCUGUUCUCAGCGAGGGACCACCAGGGAUUGGAGAACAUGGGUGUCCUCAGGACCAUUCAUGACCGAGAUGGAAGCUCCCUGGGUGACACUGGACUUGUGGAUGACGAUUGACCCAUUCGACUACAAUCGCAAUGUGACCUUGCUGUGGAGGAUGAACCAAAACAGUUCAGAGGCCAACAUCAUAAUCCAGAGCUAUCAGGUCACGUGGGAGGACCUGAACCAGCAAAAGAACUUAUCUGUCAGCGCAGACAAGAAUCAAGCAAAGAUCACUGUCGGUCUGGGAAAAUGCAGUAUUUCUGUCAAAGCUGUCAAUAAGGCUGGCUCCUCCAUGCCAGCUUACAUCAUUGUUCCAUCCAAGGAGCUUCUGAACAGAACCCAAAUCGAGACCAAAAGGGUGAAGAACAGUACUUUACAGGGAUUCUUACUGUCAUGGGCAGCAGAUGCCAGUGCUACCUGUGGGUACACAGUUGAGUGGGACACAGUCAGGUCUUACAAUGUGAGCAACAAGCCUGAAAUCCAGUGGAAAAGAGUGCCAGUCGAGUGUACCUCCCUCAUCCUUCCUGCAGACAUCUUCACAUUCCAUGGAGGGUGCAGGUACACCUUCCGCAUCUUCGGCUGCACACGCAAUGGACACCUGCUGUUGGAGAAGCAGGAAGGCUAUACAGAGGAGGACAAGCCCACUAGUAAACCUUAUGACCUGAAUGUGGCCCACAAGUCCACAAGUCCACCCUCUGCCGUACUGAAGUGGACCUUCCCAGAGGAUGACCCCACGCACCCUGGCUUUAUUACGGGGUACCUUGUCACAGUGCAGCAUGGGGACGGCUCACGGACGGGUCCACGCAACAUCACAGUGGACGACCCACACAAAAAGAGCUGCGACAUCCCUGACCUGCAGGAGGACAUGGAGUACACCAUUACGGUGCAGGCACGCACUUCCGCAGGCUUGGGGCCACACAGCGAACUGAUGAAAAAACACCCAAAUCAUUCUUCGCUCAUUGUGAAGAUUCUCACAGCAUUCCUGGUGCUCCUGGGUAUUGGACUGCUCAUGUGCAUCUUACAUAGAUUGACGAAGGGCUACAUUUUGAGGGUCUUCUGUGAGCCGGUGAAGAUCACAGUUAAGAUACUGGAGCUGGACAAGUCUCUGUAUGAGGCCAGCGAGAAGAUCGGGGCAGUGCAAGCCGAGGACUGUCCCUGCUGUGACAUCAACGUGCUGGAAACCCCUGAGAAACCUGUAACCAAGGGCAACGGUACCCAGCUGCUGUACUGCCCUCAGGCCCCCAUGAGCAGUCCCAGCGCUCAGACUCACUUGGUCUCCUUAAGCAUCACCAACAUGACGUACUUCUCCUGUUCUCCAGAGCAGGACCCCUACAUUCCUAUUCGAUGCGAUUCCAUGACGCCCCUUGGAGAGUCCUGUAGCAGCACUGGAGGAUACAUCAGCACCUAACCCAGCAAGUUUAUUACACAGAACAUGUUCGUCGCCACUUUAACGAGAUGCCACGAAACUUCCACACUUAACUCUGCAGCUACAUUUGCAUCUAUUCAUUUUCACUAUCCAUCUCCUGUGCUUUGCCAUAAUGGGAUUCCUGAGAAAAAGAGUCGGCAAUAGUCAACAUCGAGACGCAUUUCGCCACUCUGCCCACUUCCCGUCACGUUGCACAAUAUAAACUCUGCAGAGCAACAAACUGGUACCAUUUUAUAAUAGUGGUGUUGUAAGAAGACGGCACGUCAGCACUGUCGCAGCACCAUCGAGUCCAGGAAACAAGAGUUUGUAGCGUAGCUCAUGGCAAAUGCUGCUAGCUUGUCUGUCUUUGUGGCGCCACCUACUGGACAGAGACAGUGGGGACGACACGAUUUACAGUUUACAGUUAUUCACUUAGCAGACGCUUUUCUCCAAAGCAACUUACAAUGCAUACUAUGUAGUGUUACUAGCCCACACACAUAUUUCCAGAUCAGAGUGCUCAACAGGCUGGAAACAUCAAUAGUCUUGAGCAGUGUCCUUCAAGAUUAUGACAGCAUUUAUCCAUCUAUCUAGCUUUGGUGUCCGAGCUCCUGAGCUAUGCAUUAAAAUCCAGAUCGGUCUCUUUGGAGUUUGUAUGUUCUCUUUGUGUUCACAUGGGUUUCCUCCCAUGGGCCAAAGCCAUGUGUUUUAGGUAAAUAACUUUAAAAUUGCACCAUGUCAGCAUUUGCCCUGUGAUAGAACAGCAUCUCAUCCAGGGGUGUACCCUGCAUCCUGACCUGUGCUUCCGGGAUAGGCUCCUGACUGCCGUGACCCUGCACUGGACAAGCAGUUAUUCAUGAUAAAUAAAUGGUGAAUUAAACAGCUAUGU